ACCAUGAAUCCACCAUUUUCUUUUCUCUAUAAACAAGUGCUUUUCCCUCUCAUUUGAUUUUUCUAAUAACAACCUUUUCGUCAAUAACACCCCUCUUUAUUGAACUCAGUAUAGUCAUGGAUGCUCAUUCUUCUUACAAAGAAAAGGUGGAAGCUCUCCAGUAUGAGUUGGAACGCACCAGAAAAGAGAAUGAAACUCUUAGGUUUAUGGUUGAAGUUAUGAGCGCCAAGUUCAGUUCUCUUCAAGAAAAUGUUCAAGAAAAUAAAUUAUUUAAGGUUCAAGAAUCCUCAAAUUAUGAAGUCUAUGACUCGAUCAAGAGACAAAGAAUUGAGAUUCCUAUGGCCAAACCUUCACAAAUCUUUGUCAGAACUGAAUCCAAAGACACGAGCCUUAUUGUUAGAGAUGGAUAUCAAUGGAGAAAGUAUGGGCAAAAGGUUACUAAAGAUAAUCCAUCACCAAGAGCUUACUUCAGGUGUUCAAUGGCUCCUGGUUGCCCAGUCAAAAAGAAGGUUCAAAGAUGUGUUGAGGAUAAGUCAUUACUAGUUGCAACCUACGAAGGAGAACACAAUCAUGAUCGAACUUCUGGACACUUCUUGUACUCUCCAGAUAGCUCAUCAUCAAGAAACUCAAGAAGUAGCAUUUCUUGCCCAGUCAGUAUUCGACCAGCUUCUGUUGCUCUAGACCUUACCCUCUCAUCAAAUUCCAUAUUAGAAAAGGAAAAAACUUGUCGUAGUUCCUCGGAUGAUCACGAAACCAAAAACUGCAACUUUAAGGUUGAAGAGUAUGUUGCUUCUCUCACUAAAGAUCCCAACUUUACUGUUGCUUUGGCUGCAGCUAUAGCUCGCUCCAUCCCUUCGCCAACACUACCUUGAACGUAAAGGGAUUUGUUAACUAAUCAGGUUUAGUUAGCUGUUAAGGGAGAUAUAUAUUAUUGUGUGUUAAUAUUAAUUUUGUUGUUUGGAAGUUUAGAAAACUAGAGAUUGUGAGAAAAUUUUAGGAGAAAGAAGAAAGAGUGAAGUCAGGCAAAGGCGAUCGCUUCUUCUCUAGUUAUUGUCCUAGGAAAAGAAAUUUCAGAAUCAUAUUUUUGUAGUAAAGCUCCAUAAUACCGGUUUUAUU